AAUUGGGGCUGAGCCCCCUGGUGCCCCUGACUGGGAAUCGCGGGCGGGACGUUCCGGUGGAGCUGAGCCCCAGGAGCUGAACCCCCUGGUGCCCGGGUUGGUGCCACCGCUGCCGGCAGGGAAGGGCCGUCGUGCUCGAGCUGUGCUGAGCCGUGCCCGAGCCGAGCCGAGCCGUGCCCGUGCCGUACCCGCCCCCGGGCGCGCCUCCUCGGCGGCGCGGGAGGAGGCGGCGCGGAGCAUCAGCGGCGCCCGGGCGGGGAUGGCGGCUCCGGGAGCGCUGGAGCCGGCGGCCGGCAGCGUGCCGGGCACCAAGGUGGAGCUCACCGUGUCCUGCCGGAACCUGCUGGACAUGGACACCUUCUCCAAGUCUGACCCAGUGGUGGUCCUCUUUGUGCAGGUCUCGGGGAGCAGCGAGUGGAAGGAGUUCGGACGCACCGAGGUGAUCGACAACACCCUGAACCCCGACUUUGUCCGCAAGUUCGUCCUCGACUACUACUUUGAGGAGAAGCAAAACCUUCGCUUCGAUGUCUACAACGUGGACUCCAAGAGCUGCUCCGCCUUAAAGCAGGACUUCCUGGGGCAAGCAUUUGUGGCACUGGGAGAGGUGAUUGGGUCCCAGCGGGGACGCCUGGAGAGACCCCUAACGGGUGUCCCAGGGAAGCGGUGUGGGACUAUCUUGCUCCUGGCUGAGGAACUGAGCAACUGCCGGGACAUCGUCACAAUGCAGCUGUGUGCCAACAAGCUGGAUAAGAAGGACUUCUUUGGAAAAUCCGAUCCUUUCCUCGUCUUCUAUCGUAGCAAUGAGGAUGGCACCUUUACUAUCUGCCAUAAGACAGAGGUGGUGAAGAACACACUCAACCCAGUGUGGCAGCCCUUCACCAUACCUGUGCGUGCCCUCUGCAACGGCGACUACGACCGGACGGUGAAGAUAGAUGUGUACGACUGGGAUCGGGAUGGGAGCCAUGACUUCAUUGGGGAAUUUGCCACCAGCUACCGGGAGCUCUCUCGAGCACAGAGUGCUGAAUCCCAGGAAGAAAUGCAAGAAAAAGAAAUAUGUGAAUUCUGGCACUGUGAGUGGGGCUGGGGAAUUCCUGGGCCUCCUGCCUUCCAGGGGCUGGUGUGGCUCCACCUGCUGUGUGUGCCAGGUUCAGGGGGCUCCAGAUCUGAUCCCCUGUGCCCACAGGUGACACUGCUCUCCUUCUCUGUUGAGUCUGAGUUCACCUUCGUUGACUACAUACGGGGCGGGACGCAGCUGAAUUUCACUGUUGCCAUUGACUUCACGGCCUCCAAUGGGUUGCCAUCACAGCCCACCUCACUGCACUACGUGAGCCCCUACCAGCUGAGCGCCUAUGCCCUGGCACUGAAGGCAGUAGGGGAAAUCAUCCAGGACUACGACAGUGACAAGCUCUUCCCUGCCUAUGGCUUUGGUGCCAAAGUCCCACCUGACGGCAAGAUCUCCCACCAGUUUCCUCUGAACAACAAUGUGGAGAACCCCAGCUGUGCCGGCAUUGAAGGUGUGCUGGAGUCCUACCUCCAAAGCCUGCGCACCGUCCAGCUCUAUGGUCCUACCAACUUUGCUCCUGUCAUCAACCAGGUGGCUGGGAUAGCCGCCCAGGUGACCGAUGGCUCACAAUACCACGUCCUCCUCAUCAUCACUGAUGGUGUCAUCUCUGACAUGCUGCAGACCAAGGAAGCCAUUGUCACCGCUUCCUCCCUGCCCAUGUCCAUCAUCAUUGUGGGAGUAGGUCCAGCUGAGUUUGAAGCCAUGGAGGAGCUGGACGGUGAUGAGGUACGGUUGUCUUCCCGGGGACGGUAUGCUGAGAGGGACAUUGUACAGUUUGUGCCAUUUCGGGAUUAUGUGGACGACUCAGGCAACCAGGUGCUGAGCAUGGCCCGCCUGGCCAAGGAUGUGCUGGCUGAGAUCCCUGAGCAGCUGCUCUCUUACAUGAAGACCCGUGAUAUCAAGCCUCGCCGGGCAGAUCCCGAGUAGCUCUUCCAUGAGCCAUGGGACUGACUGGUGGGGUGCGGAUCUGUUACCUUUUUUCUGCCGGUGGCCAGGGCUUAACUAUGGAGAUGUGGCCCCUUUAGGGAGAUAAUCAGCUGCUAUGGUUGGUCAAAACAGGACUGGGACCCGCUUCUGGCAGUGAGACCACAGGGUUGGACAUCCUCGGCUGCCCCUUCCUCCUGCCCGAUGUCCAGCAACAAGGCGGGACUGUCCCUGGACCCUGGCAGUGCGGGCAGGGCCAGCGCCGCGGGGAACAUGGUGUGUGCCACGGUGUGCGUGUCCCUGGAGAGCAGCCUGGCCUUUGCCCCAGGGGAAGGCUGACCCUGAGUGCCGGCCGGGGGUCUCAGCCCCGCUGCUCCAUGGGGCAGCGGCCUCGCCCUGCUCCUGCCUGCACCCCAUUCCUGCCUGCACCCCGCCCCUGCCUGUGCCCUCUCCUCCGACUCUGCUAAUCCGGCUGGCCGGCCUGCCUCAUGCCCUGCUGCACGGCCGGGGCUCCAGCCGCCGGGGGGCGCCGGGCAGGAGGGCAGGCGGGUCUCUACUGCGUUACCGACUGUAAAUAAACUGCUCAACUGGG